AUGUUUAAAGUGUCAGUUCAUGAAAAUGCUUCUCUAACCCCAAUUGAAAAGUUCACUUAUUUGCUUUCCUCUUUAUCUGGUGAAGCACUCUCGCUUGUAAAAACGCUUGAUCCUACUGCUGAAAAUUAUGGUGUUGCUUGGGACCUUUUGGAGAGCCGCUAUAAGUCGGAAAAACGACAUAUCUAUCAUCAUUUCGGUGGAAUACUAGACUUACCGGAGAUAAAGAAUAGCGCUCAGAUACCGCAAUUACUCACAAAAGUGCAGGAGCAUAAAAACGCGCUCACCUCGUUAAAAAUUGAGGACGCAACGUAUGGUCCUUUGUUAGUUACUGUACUCACGCGAAAAUUAUCGCCCUUCUGGCAGCGCAAAUUAGAUGAAUCCCGUACGGAUCCUCGCGCGUAUCCAACGUUAGAGGAGUUCAUUGACUUUUUGAAAGAUGAGUGCUCUCAAGCUCUAGACAACCCUGUAAGUCAUAAGCCUCAGUCUAGUCAAAGCGGCUCUCAGAAGUCCCCCAAGGUUUUGUUAGCUAAAAACGACCAAACCCAGUCUCCUGCUAAUGGUAAACAACGUAAGCGUUCGCAUGGUAGUGGUACUAAUUCUGCUCGGCAAUCGCAUGCUUUUGAUUCUUCCCUUGUAAGUACUUCUCCUGCUGCUUCGCCUUCGUCGGCCCCGCACAUCUCAGCGCACCACGCAUCGACCACUACGGACUCCUACGCUGGAAAACAUCUCUGUGGAUGGUGCGAACGAGGUCAUCAAGCGUUCCGCUGCCCUCAAAUAUUGAACAUGUCGCCUUCAGAACGGAUGAACGCAGCACGCAAGAAUCAACUAUGUUUCAACUGCCUCGGAAAUCACGACGUUGGAAAAUGUGAAUCGCGCCACAACUGUUUCCGUUGCGGAAAACGGCACCACACCAUCUUAUGCCAGAAGCAGGACCCCCAAGGACAGGCUGACCAGACCAAGGACACCAAGAAGGUUUUCAUCGCACGAAUUCCAGAGCAGACGGUAGUUCUACCGACCGCCCGAGUACUCCUAUCCGCUAACGGACACGUCAUCAUUGCCAGGGCGCUGUUGGACUCUUGCGCAGAUGUGUCCAUCGUCACUACUCGUUGCGCUCAGCUGCUCCAUCUCAAGCUCGCUCGCCAUGCCGCCCCUGUUGCCGGAUUGGACGACACCGGCAUUCAGGUCAGGGGUUCCGUGGAAGUGGACGUCAGCACUCUGGACAAGCAACUCGUCGCCUGCGACCACAGGAUGCUCGUGUCGACAAAGAUUACUGGUCACACCCCCUCAGUCGCGCUCUCCAGGACCAUCCGUGCUCGUUGCCGUAGCUUGCCGCUCGCCGACCCGGAUUUUGACUGGCCUGGUCCCGUGGACAUGCUGAUAGGAGCUGAUCUCCUGCCACUGGCGCUGACUGGCGACUCCAUCAAGCUGGGUUCCCCGGCCCCCGUCGCUUGGGGUACUCUCUUUGGUUACGUCGUCCUUGGACCCGCACCCCGCCGCACCGCUUCGGAGGAUACCGCCGUGAGUCGCAAGGUGCUGCUCACUCGGGAACCGCCGAAUCUCUCGAAGCUGUUUGAAGAUUUUUGCGCCAUUGAAGACGUCGCUCCCGCAGCAAGGCAGGACCCGACCGACGAAUACGUGGAAAACUUCUACACCGCUACGACAACACAAGGAACAGACGGACGAUACUGCGUCCGACUUCCAUUCAAGCCAGAACACCCGCCGCUGGGAACGUCACUCGCACGAGCUGAAGUUCGUUUUCGAGCCCUGGAACGCCGCUUCGAGAAGGAGCCGGAGUUUCACGCGGCCUACAAGAAGUUUAUGCAAGAGUACGAGAACAACGGAUUCAUGUCUCCUGCCGCCAUACCGCCCGCAACCGCACCGCACUACUUCAUUCCGCAUCACGCAGUUGUGAAGGAGUCUAGCAGCACGACCAAGCUACGCGUCGUUUUUGACGCCUCCGCACCGACCUCCACCAAGGUCUCGUUGAAUCAAGUCCUGCUUCCUGGUCCCAAAUUACAGACGGACAUACGCGACUUGAUCAUCAACUUCCGCAAGCAUUCAAUCACCCUGACCGCAGACAUUCAGCAGAUGUACUUAUACAUCAACAUUCAUCCGAGCGACGCCAAGUUCCAGAUGAUUCUCUGGCGCCCGGAUUAA